AUGCCGCCUCCGUCAGCAGUUGUCCCCAGUGUUGGGAUUCAGGCUCUCGUACUCUGUGGGCCUGGUGUCUCGUUGAAUACCUUCACCACAAAUGAGGAGUAUCCAAAAGCCUUGAUCCCGUUGGCUAAUAGGCCGCUGAUCUACUACCAACUGUCUUGGCUCAAGAAGUCAGGAAUUACUGAUAUCACCCUUAUCACGCCUCCCUCGACAGCCGCCCCUCUUCAAGCUGCGCUGCAACAAAAUCCUCAUCUUACUUCCCUGCCAUCUCCGUCCCCGUCUGUCUUGGCGCCAAAGGGUCUUGACCUGAAUAUGGGAACUGCGGAGCUACUUCGGUUACCUGAAGUUCAAGCUUGCAUCAAGACCGACUUCCUCCUCCUUCCGUGCGACUUGGUGUGCGAAAUUUCGGGCGAGUCACUCUUGGAGGCAUGGAUGGUAUCUCAGAGUGCAUUGGGAGGUUCAUCAACAGUCUCUGAAGGUCGUAAUGCCCACGGUCCUACCUCAUCUGGACCUGGUGGUGAGUUGGGAGGGCGCCGCGGUGGUCUAACUGUCUUCUAUCAGACUCAAGAUCGGGAAGAAUCAGUCAAAGGGGAGGGCACGGACUUCUUGGCUAUCGCUCCUCUCGACAACGACGAGUCUCCCGCGGUCUCACACGCCGUUGACGGCCCCGCUGCCCUGAGACACAAUCUCUCCAAAGUUGUGCUUUCAAUGCCGAUGGCGACCGUCAAGGAGAAAAUGGAGCAUGAAAAGGGCCUGCUUCUCCGACAUUCUCUCGUGGAGACGCAUCCUCGGGUCAAAGUGCUCACCACUUUCCGCGACGCCCACCUCUAUAUAUUCCCGUACUGGGUGAAGGAACUGGCCCUUCGACAAGAGACCUUCCAGUCGAUUAGCGAAGAUCUCGUUGGUUUCUGGGCGAAGGCUGAGUGGCAACGAGGACUUGGCGAGAAGCUGGGGAUGGAUGAGAUCUUCCACCGCGACAACGGGCACAGUGCAGAGAGCGCCAGCCACGACGGCGAAUCAAUAGAAGAGGAAAUUGAUCUUCUGGCCAUGUCGACGACAAGCUCGAGGCCAAACAUCAAUGUUGGCAAACCCACCACAGCCACAUCCUUUGCAUCGAGGGUCUCCAAUGCUCCAUCUGGCGCUGAAAAAGAACAAUUAAAGAUCCCCCGGUUAUUGGCGUACAUCCAGCGGGGGUCUGCACCAUUUGUCCGUCGCGUAGACAGCAGCGCCAUCCUGCUAUCCACAGCUCUUCGUCUUGCGAAACUCGAGUCUAUUGAAGAAGCCGGUGCCGCUGCUUCGCCGUUCGCUCUUCCCCAGAAGAUUGCCAAUCCGGAUGGCGUUGCGCAGCGAACCACCAUUACCAAGGCUGACUGCUUGGUGGGCGAGAACACUACAGUCGAGUCCAAGUGCGUGAUCAAGGAGAGUGUGAUUGGCGCUAAUGUCAAGAUCUGUUCCGGUGCCCGGUUACAAAAAUGUCUGAUCAUGGACGGUGCUGUCGUGAACAGCUCCUGCACGCUUACCGGGUGUAUUGUGGGUCGCAGAGCGGUGAUUGGCAAGGACUCUGUUCUCAAAGAUUGCGAAGUCGGCGACGGCUAUCUCAUUGAGGAAGAGACCGAUGCCAAGAACGAGAAAUUCAUGAUUUUCGAGGGCCUCGAAGAUGAGGAGGAUAUGGGCAGCGCCGGCGAUUUUGAUGAAGAGGACGAGCUGGGAUUUUAG